AAUAAUAAAAAAAACUCUUAGCAGACGAUAUUUGGUAUAACCUUUUUUUUUCAUCGAAAGAAAAACAUGGCAUUUUCUCAAAUUUUAAGCAGGAAAUUGUCGACUUCUGUCGCUAAUUUUGCUAUUCGUAAUGUUACGGUCAUUGGCGGCGGCCUUAUGGGCUCUGGAAUUGCUCAAGUUGCGGCACAAUCAGGUUUUGAGGUGACUAUGGUCGACUUGAAUGAAGAUUUGUUAAAUGCAUCCAAAGGUCGCGUAGGAAAGUCAUUGGCUAGAGUUGCCAAAAAGAAGUACGGAGACAAUUCCGAUGAAGGAAAGAAAUACAUGGAAGAAACAAUGAAUAGAAUAAAAGCAUCUACUGAUCUUGUUCAGACUGCCAAAACAACUGACUUGGUUAUUGAAGCUAUUGUUGAAAAUUUGGAUAUAAAGCAGAAGCUAUUUAAAGAUUUAGAUUCGGCUGCACCAGAGUCAGCAAUUUUUACUAGCAAUACGUCAUCUCUACCUAUCGGCGACAUAGCUUCUUUAUGUAGCCAAAGUAGAUUAUCUAACUUUGGAGGUUUACAUUUCUUCAAUCCAGUUCCAGUUAUGAAACUUGUUGAAAUCGUCAGAAUUCCGCAAACCACUGAUGAAACUUAUCAAAAUUUAAAAUCGUUCACUGAUAAACUUGGAAAGGUAUCUGUGCAAGCUAAGGAUACUCCAGGCUUUAUUGUUAAUCGUUUGCUCGUUCCCUAUAUGGUUUCUGCCGUACGAAUGCUUGAAAGAGGUGAUGCUUCAGCAAAGGAUAUUGACAUUGCCAUGAAACUAGGUGCCGGAUAUCCAAUGGGACCAUUUGAAUUAGCUGAUUAUGUUGGUUUAGAUACAACCAAAUUUAUUUUGGACGGUUGGAGCAAAGCUUAUCCCGAUAUACAAGAGUUCGAACCAAGUGAAAUGGGAUCACCGGAUAUAGUAUGCGAUUCGAUGUUGCCCGGUCAUGGCGUCAACGCUCAACUGUCACCUUCUCCCUAUCAGUUUCAAAUUCGACCAAAUAACUAUAGAAAGGGAGAUAUAAUUACCGGUAAAAUUAUUACUGAGAGCGGUCCGGGAUUUAGAGGAUUUAUGGUUCAAGCUAGGCGGUAUGGCACUGGAGUGCGAGUGGGAAAGUUUGUCUUUGUUUUUAAUAAUGAGGGACACGGUAUGGUUUGCGGCGGAAAGAUAAAAACAUCUAUAACUCAAAAUGCGGCAAAUCUCAAGUCAACAAUACAAUUUGAAUGGUUUGCUGAAGAUAACUACGGAGAUAUAGAGUUUGUAAUGACAGCAGUACAAUCGUUAUCAAGGUUCUGGAUUAAUAUUAAAUCCCAUAAAAUAAGGAAUCUAGACCCUCCCUGUUCAGUUAAUUAUUGUAAUGGUGGCAUUUGCAUUGUCGAGGGAACAGAUUUUAGAUGUCAAUGUCCAACUAAUUUUUUCGGGAAGUUUUGUCAAAUAAGUAACACCGUAACAAGAUGCUCCGAUAAUCCAUGCGUUAGAGGAAGCUGUAGAGAUAUAACCGGUGGUUAUGAGUGCUUAUGUCCUUCUGGAUAUUCUGGAAGAAACUGUGAAAUAGGUAACGAUAUAAUAAGAUGCUCUAAUAAUCCUUGCGUUAGGGGAAGUUGUAGAGAUAUAACAGGUGGUUAUGAAUGCUUAUGUCCUUCUGGAUAUUCUGGAAGAAACUGUGAAAUAGAUAACAAUAUAAUAAGAUGCUCCAAUAAUCCUUGCGUCAGAGGAAGUUGUAGAGAUAUAUCUGGCGGUUAUGAAUGCUUAUGUCCUUCUGGAUAUUCUGGAAGAAACUGCGAAAUAGAUAACAAUAUAAUAAGAUGCUCCAAUAAUCCUUGCGUCAGAGGAAGUUGUAGAGAUAUAUCUGGCGGUUAUGAAUGCUUAUGUCCUUCUGGAUAUUCCGGAAGAAACUGUGAAAUAGAUAACAAUAUAAGAUGUUCCAAUAAUCCUUGCGUUAGGGGAAAUUGUAGAGAUAUAUCUGGUGGCUAUGAGUGCCUAUGUCCUGCUGGAUACGAGGGCAAAAAUUGCGGCCAACAAAUUAACUUUUGCUCAUCUUCUCCAUGUUUUAAUGACGGUACUUGUGAACCAAUUUUCAAUGGAUAUAGGUGUAAAUGUAAGACUGGUUGGACAGGUGAUAGGUGUAAUGACCAAUUCAAUCCAUGUAUUUCGUUCCCUUGUCGAUUUGGAGUUUGUAGACAAACAAAUGGUGGAUUUGCCUGUGAUUGUUUUCAAUAUUUUACGGGAACAUAUUGCGAAAUACCUACUAGAGUUUGUAACCCUAAUCCCUGUAUAUAUGGUACUUGCUCGCCCAAUGGAGACACAUUUAAAUGUUCUUGUUUCGAUCAAUGGACUGGAACAACCUGUAACAUAGCUUCCAAUCUCUGUUCUGAGAAUCCAUGUGAAAGAGGAGGAACCUGUAAACCUAUAGGAGAUAAUGAUUACGAAUGUACAUGCCCAUCAGGAUGGACUGGAAAGAACUGCAACUCACCAAUUACAUCAGCUUGUACUACUAAUCCAUGCAACAAAGGCAAAUGUAUACUAUUAAUUGUUGGCUAUAGGUGCGAAUGCCCCGAAGGAUAUAUUGGUCAACACUGUGAAAAAAUGGACGAAAUGUGUAAUCCGAAUCCAUGCAGUAACGGCUUCUGUGAAUUUGGCACGAAUUCUCAUAUUUGUACAUGUUUUAAUGGAUGGAUGGAAAGUGGUUGUAAAACAAUUGCUAAGGGAGCUUGUUUAGCUAACCCUUGUAUAAGAGGCUAUUGUACAGAAAGAGGUAAUGGAUACUCUUGUACAUGUCCAAAAGGAUUCGAAGGUCAGAAAUGCGAACUAGAAAUUAAUCAUUGCUCAACAAAUCCCUGCAAGUUUGGUACUUGUGAUAGAUCAUUCGAUAGUUACCAUUGUUCCUGUAAUGCGGGAUAUAUGGGGUCGAAAUGCGAUAUUCGUGCAUCGGGAUCUUGUACUACUAAUCCUUGCACUAGAGGAUACUGUUCUUUAACGGAAUCACAAUACGUAUGUAACUGUCCAGCGGGUCUAAAAGGAGAUAGUUGUCAAAUAGCCGAUCAUCCUUGCUCAGUUAAUACUUGUGUUAAUGGUAGAUGCCAAAAAUACGGAGCUAGUUACAAGUGUAUAUGUUAUCAAGGUUGGACAGGAUCAAGGUGUAGUAUCGAUCUAGCUAGUGGCUGUAAAUCUAAUCCUUGUACAAGAGGUAAUUGUUUGGCGACUAUUGAAGGUUAUCAAUGUAACUGCCCAGCUGGUUUUGAAGGAAAGAAUUGUAAUAUAGUCAGUAAUCCAUGUGCAUCUAAUCCAUGUGUUAAUGGAGAUUGUAGUAUUGAAAAUAGUUCUUAUAAAUGCACUUGCUGGACUGGUUAUGACGGAAAGCGUUGCGAUACUGUUGCAUCAACUGCCUGUUCGAAUAAACCGUGUGUACAAGGGACUUGUACAGUUGUAGGAAAUAGCUUUAGAUGCGAUUGUUUUACUGGAUAUGAGGGAAUCUAUUGCAAUCAGAGAAAGGAACCUUGUAAAAGUAAUCCAUGUGUUAAUGGAGAGUGUCAAAAUGUAAAUGAUGGUUUUAGAUGUGUUUGUCCAUCUCGUUGGACUGGAUCUAGAUGUGAUUCUGUAAUUUCACCAUGUGUAUCCAAUCCGUGCGUAAACGGACAGUGUAGAAUUAACGGAGAUGCGUACUCUUGUACAUGUAAUGAUGGUUGGACUGGUAUCAGAUGUAAUGAAGAAAUAAACUUAUGUGCUGCAAGACCAUGCCUAAAUGGAGAAUGCGUUCAAAGUGGACAAGCUUUUACAUGUAAUUGCAAUGAUGGAUGGGAAGGGAAUGUAUGCGAUAGAAGAAAACAAGAUGCUUGUACUGCUAAACCUUGUCAAAGGGAUGUGAAACCUACAACGCCUGCUAUUCCAGUCCAUGCAAAAACAACGGAGAAUGUAUACGAAAUGGUCAAAGUUUUAGCUGCAAAUGCACAAAUCAGUGGACGGGAUCAACCUAAACGCAAUUCUUUUCCUAUAGCUUCAAGUGAUCCAUGCCUUAAUCAUCGAUGUAACAAUGAUGGAGGAGUUUGUCAAAAAGUAUCGGAAACGGAUUAUUAUUGCAAGUGUCAUGUGUUGUAUACGGGACAAUUCUGCGAACAGAAAAUAGACCUAUGUCAACGAGUUACUCUGGAUUGUCAAAACGGAAUUUGCGAAACGAUAAGUUUCAGUCCAGAGAGAGCUGAAAUCCGCUGCCGAUGUUUUGAUGGAUGGUUCCAUAAAAAUCAAUCUAGUAAAUGUGAUACGACAAACCCAUGCGAAGCAUUUCCUGCAGGUCAGCCGUGCGGACAAAAUGGGAAAUGUGUACCACACGACAGGUCCGUUAGUUGCGAAUGCUCUUCAGGUUAUACCGGACAAUUUUGCGAUCGAUUACUUUGA